CCCUGGGAUUUUUCAGUCUCUUCGCCCGAUUUCCUCGGAGGAACCAUUUCUUCUUCUUCAACCCCUUUUCUUCCACCUUUCGCUCUCUCUCUGUUUCUCAAACCACUCUACCUCUUCUAGCUUUAUCUCAUCGAAUAAAAAAGUCAAACUAAUCGUCUCUAGACCCUAGGUUUAAUCCUAAUUAAUCACGAUCUCGACUAUCUUUGGUGUUCAUCCACCGCAAUUGACUGUGUCCAGUUCUGUAGCUUAAUUGAGCUCGAGAACGGCUGUUUUCCUCUGUACAAGUGAAAUCUUGGAGGUGAUUCUUCCGAAAGAAGUGCUUCGGGGAGGUUUGUAAGACUGGCAAUGGCUUGCUCUGCGGGUUUGGUUCUGGAUCCGAAUCGUGGUUGAUUGGUUUAGGGGGUGUUUCAAUGAAAGUUGAUGGCGACGGGAAGCAGGAAUCGGUGAAACGGAGCAAGAAGAGUGAACCAGAUGGGAUUGUGAGUGAAGGUCAAGGCGGGCCUGCGGAUGAGGUUCCGAGGACUAAUAGAAUUGAUGAAGAUGUGAAAGAUGUAGGUGGACGGGCGGUGGAGGCACAAGAUGCCCUGCAAGUGCCCCUGCAAAAUCCUCAAGGGACCGUGGCUUGUUGGGAGAGGUUUCUCCAUCUAAGAUCCAUCAAGGUUUUGCUGGUGGAAGACGAUGAUUCUACGCGUCAUGUUGUCACUGCGCUGCUUCGUAAUUGUAAUUACGAAGUCAUGGAAGCAGCUAAUGGAUUACAAGCAUGGAAAAUACUGGAAGACUUAACGAAUCACAUUGAUCUUGUUUUAACUGAGGUAGUUAUGCCCGUUUUAUCAGGAAUUGGUCUUCUAAGCAAGAUUAUGAGCCACAAAACACGCAAGAACAUACCUGUGAUUAUGAUGUCAUCUCAUGACUCGAUGGGUUUAGUCUUUAAGUGUUUAUCUAAAGGUGCAGUUGACUUUCUAGUGAAGCCCACUCGAAAGAAUGAGCUUAAAAAUCUCUGGCAGCAUGUUUGGAGGAGAUGCCAUAGUUCUAGCAGUAGUGGGAGUGAAAGUGGUACACAAACUCAAAAGUCUGUGAAGUCAAAUAGUAGUGAAAAAUCUGUCAACAGUGGCAGCAAUGAUGGGGAUGACAAUGGGAGCAUUGGUCUGAAUGUUGUUGGAGAUGGAAGUGACAGUGGGAGUGGCACACAGAGCUCAUGGACAAAACAAGCUGGGGAGGUUGACAGCUCCCAAGCAGUGUCUGUGGAGGAUCAAAUAGCAGAGUGCCCUGACAGCACUUGUGCCCAAGUUAUCCGCCCUAAUGCGAAAGCUUCUGGUACCAAAUGUCUGCCUGUAACUGGAACAAGGGAGUGUCAAAAACCAGGAGAAAACUUUGAUAACGUUGCAAGUGGCAAAGAAUUGGUGAUUGGCAGAAAUAGCGAACGAGAUUUUUGCACUGAACAUCCAACUGAGGUUCCUGUCAAACUCUUAGGCAGAAGACAAAAAGAUCUGUUUGAUUUUGACUCCCAUAUGGUCAGUAAACAAAUAGAGAAAGGCGACCUGGACCCCAAUAGUGAUAGUCCGUUAACCAAAUAUAAAAUUGAUGUUACCAACAUAUCUGAUCCUCAGACAGAUAGCAGAGAAUGCAAAGCUCCAAAAGAUCAGUCCAAGACUUUGUUAUUCAAGGAUAAAGCAAUGGAUAUUGAGCUUAAUUUGAAGAGGCUUGGAGAAGUUAGAGGCACUGGAAAGACAGUUCAAGAUGACUGCAACGUUUUGAGGCAUUCCGAGCAUUCGGCAUUCUCAAGGUACAAUACAGCCUCAAAGGCUUUUAAAGCACCAAAUGAGAACACAGGAACUAGUUACCCACUUGAUUAUAGCAUUGAGGUUAUGAACAAGGAGCAAGCGUGCAGUACUGAACCCCCAUACCGAUGCUCGAUUGGAAUUAGCAGUGACAAUAUACAUAUGGGCUGCACUGCUAACAAAGAUUUUGUCAACCCUGUAGUUUUCAAAGAUAAGUCAGAGGCAAUGUCAACAGCUAACGGUUUCCACAUGUCACCUGCUUUGAAACAUUUGAAAACUAACCUUGUAUCCACCACUCAGCAAGUGAUCUUAGCUAAGGCUGAUGACAGGGCUGCCACUAAAGCAGUGCUGAGUCCAAGGGGGCACUCUCACCAGGAGCUCCCAAUACAGCACCUCCAUCACUGUUUCAAUCAUUUUAGUAAGGAGCAACAGCAGCCACCAUGUAAUCAUGAUGAAUUAUCAUUUAACAAAUUGGCUGCAGAUGCUCCAUGUUGUGGGUCCUCAAAUAUACUAAGUGGGCUUGUUGAAGGCAAUACUGGCAAUUGCAGUUUGAACAAGAGCGCCUCAGGCAGCAACCACAGUAGCAAUGGCCAGAACGGAAGCAGCAUGGCUGCAAAUGCUUUAGGAAUGAACAUUGAAAAUGUUAAUGUCGUUGCUGGGAACAGUAGAAGUGGUGAUGCUAGUGGAAGUGGAAGUGGAAGUGGAGAUAACAUAAAUCAAAACAAGCUUGCACGAGAAGCUGCCUUGACAAAGUUUUGUCAGAAGAGGAAGGAGCGGUGCUUCCAGAAAAAGGUCUGGUACCAAAGCAGGAAGAGACUAGCAGAACAGCGACCCCGUGUUAGAGGACAAUUUGUGCGGAAGUCUGACCCUGAAAAUUCUUGUAGUGCUGCAGAUAGCUGAUAGUUAACUCUUUCAAUACUGGACGGAACUUGCAUAUUCAAGAUUCAUGAUAUUGAGAGGGUAUUUUCCUUUCAUACUGAAGUUAUAGGAGUCUGGCUGUUUGGGAACUCCAAAUUGUCAACUUCAACCAUGUUCCGUCUGCGUGGCUUAUAAUAGCUCCCCAACAGAGGAAGGCAUUGUCUGUAAAAAGAGCCUUCUGCAGUGGAAAUAUUUUGCCGUCUGGUAUGGUGUUCUUUCCAGUUACUUGGUUAGUUGAUACAGUGACCAGACAGACUUAUGAUUUCUUCUCUCCGUAAUUUUUAAAACUCUUGUUGAGAACCUAAUGUUGAAAUUACUAUUGUUUUCUUGAAUAUCUCAUGUUCUCCUCCAUAUAUGUCAUGGGAAUUUUAUGGCCUUUUGUGUUUCAGAUAACAUGUGAAGGUACAUAAUAACUUCACAAAUAAACAAAUAUUCUUUUGAAUUUUAUGGGAGCCACCUCAUUUUGGUAUU